GGACUUGCCAGCUAUGCCCGCAGUGGCAAAACAUCGCUGGCUGAUGCAGGUUUAUGCCCAGGAUGUCCUCAGCAGGCUGGAUGAAGUGAAGGCCUCCAUCACCUCACUCUUUGGCCAGGUACUGAAGAUGGACUCGACCAAAAAAAUUGUGAGGAAGCUGGCAGGUGAGGCCCGGUCCACAGCUGCUUGGGCCACCAACAUCGGAAAUGAACAUGGGCAUGUGAUCAUGUCCGUUCUCACAGCGAGUGAGGGAUGGGGCCUAAUGAAGAUGGCAGAGGGUCUUGUGAGGCGCUACAAAGACGCAGAGGUGCCACCUCCCGAGAUCCUAUAUGUGGACCGUGACUGCUGUGGGAACUCGCACCUAAAACAAAUCUUUGGAGCAUGGCCGAGAAUGAGGAUUCAGUUGGAUGUCUGGCAUUUUAUGAGGAGGUUUGCGACCGGGUGCACAACUGAUUCUCAUUCUCUAUACACCAGCUUCAUGGCCCAGCUAACCCGGUGCAUUUUCGUGUGGGAUGAGAGUGACAUGCAGCGACUCAAGGCAGCCAAGCGAGCAGAGCUGGAGGCAAGUCACAUGCGUCCCACAGAGGGAGAUGUGAUACGCCAUAUAAGCGAGGCAGAGAUGCAGCUUCAUUGUCGGAGGACCGUCCGGGAAAGCAGGGAGAUGGAAGCCAUGCUGAAGGAGUUGAUAGAGGCAUAUGAUGGAGAGAGAGGCUGCAACACGCUCGGUGUGCCUCUGAGCAACUCUGCAAGGAUGGCAGAAAUCUGGAAGGCCCAGUGUAAACAUAUCCCCUGCCUCCAGGACCCUCCAGGUUUCCAGCUGUACACACAGACUGGGACAGUGAAGAAGGGUGGUCAUGUGCUGCCAACUUUCCGGUGUGCCAGAGGUUCGACCUCACUGGAGAAUUUUCAUCUGCACAUGAACAGAUUCAUCCCAGGAACCCUCGCAAGUGACACCUUUUUCCAGGCAUAUCUGGUUGAUGGUCUUGCCAGGUGGAAUGAGGACAGGACCAUGACAGCAGAGGGGACAGCAGGGCCACACUCAUACAGUGGCCUACUUAGGCAUGCAGCCAACCAGCUGUCAGAGGAGGUGCUUGGGAGAAAACUGGUGGAGUACAAAGCCCCCCGGAAAUACACAGGAGAGCUUAUAGGUAUUGAAUACCUAUACAGCCAAAACAACAUUGCCAUGGAGGACUAUAAGUUGGCCCUGGCAACCCUUGAAACUGAGGACAUCACUGUGGCAGAGGGAGACUCUCUUUUGGAGCAAUUUGAUGUGGAGGAUCCAACUGUUACCACCCUGGACACAAUUUGGCCUCCACAACAGCCCACUCCAUCAGCUCCUGCAUCAAAUGCACCUCCAGCUGCAGUUAUAGCAGUCGCAGUUACAGCCACACCACCUGCACCUACUGCAACUGCGACUGCACUGCCUAGAGCACCACUCAGUGGACCUUCUGCUUCCUUCACUGUUGCCACUAUGCAGAGUGCAGCUGUAACCGUGUGCCCCCCAGUUUGUGAGGACAGUGGGAGACCUGCUGGAUCUAAUCCCAGCCUUGGUCCCCAGCUUCAAACCGACACUCCUCAAACCUCUCAGGAUGCGGAAAUGCUCUGCACUCAUCAAGCUCCCCAGCAAGAUGCUCCCAGUGUGGCAGAGGAACAGCCUUCAACAUCAUCAUGCUCCACCAGUCAUGAUGACUCUGUUGGACCAGACAACAUUGAGGGCUUCCAAGCUGUCCAGGACUUGACGGGACAAUUAUUCACAUUAAAAGACCACAGUCUUGCCCUGUCAAGAGAGGAGGCUGAGUGUUUGUCAGAGUAUGACAAAAAAAAACAGCCUACCCUCCACACUAUCAAGACACAAUCCCCAAAGGGAGAUUCAGGGCCACAAAAAAAAAUGUUGCACCUGGUGUGGAGAGCACAAAGCGAUGCUUUGCAGGAGGGAAAAGCCCAGCGCAGUGGCCUGACUGCAAUCGUGUGUGUGAGGCACUUUUUAUUCAACUUUGCGAGGAGUAUCGUGGACCCAGGCGCAUUGAUGGAGUCAGGAAAGAGCGUUGGAGCCUUGUCACCAAAGCAUAUCUUCACAUCCGCCAAGUCAUUCUAAAUAAUGCCAUGGUGAUGGAGAAGACCACCAUCCAGCUCCCGGUGAUGAAUACUGCAACCAUCGCUAGUUGGUACAAUAAACUUCAGAAAAAGCAGGAGAAGAGCAUGCUGGAGCAAGGCCUGUCUAUUCCAAAGAACACUAAUGUGAGCCCAGAGAGCUUGCCUCUCGCAGUUGUGAGGAAAGACAGACCCUGUGUCCCGACCAGCAGUGUGGCAAAUCCCCAAAUUGGCAAAUUGCACCACAACCUCUCCUGCUUGCACCGCAACCUCUCCUGCUUGCACCACAACCUCUCCUGCCUGCACCGCAAUCUCUUCUGUUUGCACCACAACCUCUGCUCCCUGUGGUUCUUACCAAACCGGCAGCUGAUGUGCCAUACACCACACAGCAGUACCAUAAAAAAAAGAUCCAGCAAGAGGAGAGUGGCAUUAAAAAGCGGAAGUACACUAAAAAGAGUGACACCAUCAUUUGCAAGCAGUGCAAGAGGGAGCGAGACCCUGCCACCCACCAGCAGUACUUCGGAAAUUGGUACUGCCAAGCCACAGCCACUACAACUCUGGCUGAGUGGAAGGCCUCAUUUGAAGCCCGGGGUUAUGGCAAAAGGAAAGAUACGCCACCGCAAUAAUUUUGUAUUUGUAUUGUAUUGUAUUUGUCUUCACUUAUCU